AUGGAGACAUGCAAGCCUUUGUUGCGUGUAAAAGAGAGAACCCUUGGCCACCAUGUUGCACGGCGACUAGUUGAAAUAGGCCUAAACGAUGUGUUUGCAGUUCCCGGAGACUUCAACCUUACCCUGCUUGAUUAUUUGGUAGCAGAAAGUGAGCUUAACCUCAUUGGGUGCUGCAAUGAGCUGAAUGCUGGGUAUGCUGCUGAUGGGUAUGCCAGAUGCAAAGGAGUUGCUGCAUGCGUUGUCACCUUCAACGUUGGUGGCCUUAGCAUUCUCAACGCCAUUGCCGGUGCUUACAGUGAGGAUCUUCCAAUCAUUUGCAUUGUUGGGGCUCCAAAUUCUAAUGACUGUGCCUCCAACAGGAUUCUUCACCACUCCAUUGGGCUACCAGAUUUUACCCAAGAACUACGUUGCUUUCAGCCUAUAACUUGCCAUCAGGCAGUAGUAAACAGCUUAGAUGAUGCGCAUGAACGGAUUGACACUGCCAUUGCAACUGCAUUGAGGGAAAGCAAGCCUGUCUAUAUUAGCAUCGCCUGCAACUUGUCUGCCAUCCCUCACCAUUCCUUCAUCGAUCAGCCUAUCCCAUUUUAUUUGACUCCCAAGUUGACUGAUCAAAGGUGUUUGGAAAUUGCGGUGGAAUUGACAUCAGAGUUCCUAAACAAAGCCGUGAAACCAGUGAUGGUGGGUGGGCCAAAGCUAAGAAUGGCAAAGGCUUGUGAUGCUUUCAUGGAAAUGGUAAAUGCUUCGGGUUAUGCCGCGGCAAUGUUGCCUUCAGCAAAAGGGAUGGUGGCAGAACAACACCCCAACUUCAUUGGCACUUAUUGGGGAGCAGCUAGCACUGCCUUUUGUGCAGAAGUUGUGGAUUCUGCUGAUGCAUACCUUUUUGCUGGUCCAAUAUUCAACGACAUUAAUUCUUUGGGUUUCUCACUGCCGCUUAAAAAAGAGAAAGCAAUUGUAGUGCUGCCUAAUAGUGUAGUUAUUGCAAAUGGACCUACUAUUGGCUGUGUUUCAAUGAAGGACUUCUUUAAAGCACUUGCAAAAUGCCUCAAACCCAACACUACUGCUUAUGAGAACUAUAAGAGAAUACACAUCCCAGAUGGCCUUCCCCUUCACAAUAAUCCAAAGGAAGUAUUAAGGGUCAAUAUUUUAUUUGGUCAUAUACAGAAAAUGUUGUCCUGUGACACCACUGUGAUUGCUGAAACUGGAGACACUUGGUUUACUUGCCAGAAGUUGAAGUUGCCACAAGGCUGCGGGUAUGAGUGUCAGAUGCAGUAUGGAUCAAUAGGUUGGUCAGUUGGUGCAACUCUUGGCUAUGCACAGGCUGCUCCACAAAAGCGAGUGGUUGCUUGUAUUGGUGAUGGUAGCUUCCAGAUGACGGCACAGGAAGUUUCAACAAUGUUAAGGUGUGGACAGAAUGGCAUCAUCUUUCUAAUUAACAAUGGUGGAUACACAACAGAGGUGGAAAUCCAUGAUGGGCCUUACAAUGUCAUAAAGAACUGGAACUAUGCUGGAAUGGUCGAAACAAUAGAUAAUGGAGAAGGCAAAUGUUGGACUGCCAAGGUGCACUGUGAAGAGGAGCUAAUAGAAGCAAUAGAGACAGCAACAGUAAGCAAAAAGAAUUGUCUAUGCUUCAUUGAAGUGAUUGUACACAGGGAUGACACAAGCAAGGAGUUGCUUCUACUUGGAUGCAGACUUGCAGCUCUCAAUGGCCGUCCACCUAAUUAA